CGCUUUGCCCUUUGCCGACUUCUCUCACAUCACUCCCCAUCGCCUCGACGGCUGGCUGCCUGCCGCCCGCUUCUACUCCUUCCACCGACGACUUGACGCGGCGGCUAGUUUCCUCCAAGAGCAUCCCUUCGUUUAUCAUUUCACCCUUCGUCUUCUCGUCAUCGUCCUCACAGGACCACCAACAUGGAGAUCGAGGUUGUUACAGCCAGUUCGAACAAGCAGCUCGCCAAGCUUCACGGGCUGAACCAAAGUACAACAAUUUUGGAUGUCAAGAAACAGCUGCACCGUCUGAAGCCAAAGCUUUACCCUGACAGGCAGUGCAUCAAGAGUGACCCAAAGUCGAAAGCACUGAAAGACGAGUGCACUCUUGGAGACCUCAGGCUUCAGUCUGGUGACCGGCUGUACUUCAAGGACCUGGGCCCACAGAUCGGUUGGAAGACAGUGUUCUUGGUGGAGUACUUUGGACCCUUGGCCCUUUACCUGCUUACUGUUUCUCGGCCGUCGUGGAUUUACGGGCAGUACGCGUCGCGUCACAACAUGGAUGUUGCCGUCAAAAUUGCAGCUGGAUGCUGGUCACUCCACUACGUGAAGCGGCUACUGGAGACCCUCUUCGUGCAUCGCUUCUCACACGGCACCAUGCCCAUCACGAACCUCUUCAAGAACUGCUCCUACUACUGGCUGUUUGGUCUGUACAUUGGAUACUACGUCAACCACCCCCUGUACACCCCACCAGCGCUCGGACCCGUGCAGGUCUAUGGUGGCCUGGCUGCGUUUUUGUUUGCUGAGCUUGGCAACUUGAGCAUCCACCUUGCCCUGAGGAACCUCAGGCCCGCUGGCACCAAGGAGCGCCGCAUCCCGGUGCCAACGAGCAACCCGUUCACCCUGCUGUUUGAGUUUGUCUCCUGUCCCAACUACACGUAUGAGGUCAUGGCAUGGCUCUCAUUCACAUUCAUGACCCAGUGCUUGCCCGCUGGACUGUUCACGCUGGCCGGCUUCUACCAAAUGACGGUCUGGGCUUUGGGCAAGCACCGUCAGUACAAGGCAGAGUUCCCCAACUACCCGCGCCAGCGCAAGGCCAUCGUGCCUUUCCUCAUCUGAUGAGCAAACUCUCGUUUUAUGUUUCUUCUCUCUCGUCAAGUGCGCGUCUUCAUGUUUCGUGGGUUCUCUCCAUCGUUCUUUCUUCUCUCCGUGGUGGUCUUUCGUCUGUCUCAUCCCGUCUAAUAUAAUGUGCACACACCGUCGUCUUGUGUCCCCCGCUUUUUCUACUCCAAGACAACAUUCCGGUGGCCAAGUAUCAAGGACCAAGAAAUACUCGACCCAAGUCGUACGAUUUCUGUUCCAGUACUUCUGUGGGAAUGUCAAUAAAAGUAUUUCAUCAUCCACAAAA